GGCUCGCCAUGGAGCAGGAGGAGCACGCCGGCCCGCAGGCUGGCGUCUGCCUGGGCACCGCCCUGCGGUCCUGGUGGCUGCUGGUGAUGGAGCAGCGGCCGCAGUCUACCAUGCUGACGGGGAUGGCGAUCGGAGCCCUCCUGGCCCUGGCCCUUGUGGGCAUCGCCGUCCUUCUUGUGCGCAGGAGGCUUAACCGGCAACGACAGGUGCAGCCCGCCCCCCAGUACCGGUUCCGGAAGAGAGACAAAGUGAUGUUCUACGGCCGGAAGAUCAUGAGGAAGGUGACCACGCUCCCCCACACGCUGGUGGGCAGCACGGCCGCCCCCCGGCAGCGGGUGAGGAAGAGGACCAAGGUGCUGUCCUUGGCCAAGAGGAUCCUGCGUUUCAAGAAGGAGUACCCGACCCUGCAGCCCAAGGAGCCGCCGCCCUCCCUGCUAGAGGCCGACCUCACGGAGUUCGACGUGAAGAACUCGCAUCUGCCCCUGGAGGUCCUGUACAUGCUGAAGAACGUCCGCUGCAAGCACAUGGUCUUCAUGCAGCUGCUGGAAGGGGAGCACGUGUUCCGGCCAGGGGAGCCGGACACCAGCAUCUACGUGGUGCAGGACGGGCGGCUGGAGGUCUGCAUCCAGGACGCGGUGAGAGCCCGGGCGCGAGGGCGGGGCCUCGGGGUGCUCGAGGGCGGGGGAGGGCGCCUGCUGUGUGUUUCCUGGAGCGCCGCCGCCCCGUCCACCGUGCUCAGGCUCCCCGCCGUGGCCUUCCAGGGCGUGUUUGAGAAGUACCCGGAGACCCUGGUCAGGGUGGUGCAGAUCAUCAUGGUGCGGCUGCAGCGGGUCACCUUCCUGGCUCUGCACAACUACCUGGGCCUGACCACGGAGCUCUUCAACCCCGAGAGCCAGGCCAUCCCCCUGGUGUCUGUAGCCAGCGUGGCUGCUGGAAAGGCCAAGAGGCAGAUGAGCUGUGGCCCCGAGGAGCGGCCCCUGCGGCCCCAGGAGUCCUGCGACCCAGGUACUAGCCCGGGACAGACUCCACCUGGUCCUGGCCUCCUCCCCCCACUGGCCCUCGGUCACCACUGUCUCCCUGUCUCUGCUGGGGUCUGGCCCGGGGAGAAGGUGUUGAGGGGUAGGCUCUGCGCUCUGAGCCCCAACCAUGGUCAUCCGAGAUCUCAGGAGGGGCUGAGAUUUGGGGAGAGAAACGGACCGUGGAGGCUCCUCGGCCAGGGGUCCCCUCCAGGCGACGCACUGGACUUGAUAGACAGGUGGCUGACGGUGCGUGCGGUGCAGUGCAGCCUGUUGCUGGGGUCCCUCCUGCGGGCGUCCAAGAAGAGCGUGCUGGUGGCAGAGACGCCCUCCGCCGUCUUCCACUACUCGGACUGCGACCUGGACGAGACCGUCGCCAGCACCAGGACGGACGCCAUCUUCCGUGACCCUUCGCUGUUGGACGGCCGCGUGACGUUCCUGCACGUCCCGGGGGGCACGGUGGUGUCCAAGCAGGGAGACCAGGACGUGAACGUGGUCUUCGUGGUCUCGGGGCUGCUGCACGUGUACCAGCGGAAGAUCGACAGCGAGGAGGACAGCUGCCUGUUCGUGACGCGGCCCGGGGAGAUGGUGGGCCAGCUGGCCGUGCUCACGGGAGAGCCCCUCAUCUUCACCAUCAGGGCCAACAGGGACUGCAGCUUCCUGUCCAUCUCCAAGGCGCACUUCUACGAACUUAAGCACCAAAUCCCGUCUCCCCAGCCUCGCUCCUGCAUCCGGCUCGAGUGCCGGCGGGUGCUGGGCGUCUCCUGGCGGUGCAGGGGCUUCCACGCGGCCUCGGCAGAGCCCAGGUCCCCAGCUUGCUCAGCUCCUGCUUUUGUGAUUGUCGCUCCAUCCGCCCACGAAGGCUCUUUCCUUUGCUGUGUGGGGUGCGCGGGCUCCUGGCCAGUGCCCUGCCCACUCCCAGCGCCCCGUCCCUGCAGGCAGGGGGACAAGUCAGACUGCACCUACAUCGUGCUCAGCGGCCGGCUGCGCUCUGUGAUCCGCAAGGACGACCUCAAGAAGCGCCUGGCGGGGGAGUAUGGCCGCGGAGACCUCAUCGGUGUGGUGGAGACCCUCACCCGCCAGCCCCGAGCGACCACAGUGCACGCGGUCCGGGACUCGGAGCUCGCCAAGCUGCCGGCAGGAGCCCUGACGUCCAUCAAGCGCAGGUACCCUCAGGUUGUGACCCGGCUGAUCCACCUGCUGGGGGAGAAGAUCCUGGGCAGCCUGCAGCAGGGGCCUGCUACCAGUCACCAGUUCGGGCUGCACUCCACCGGCAGCAAGUGGGACUCGGGGAACCCGGCCAGCAACCUGUCCACGGUGGCCAUCAUGCCCGUGUCGGAGGACGUGCCCCUCACCGCCUUCGCCCUGGAGCUCAAGCAUGCCCUGAGCGCCAUCCCAGGCCCCGUCCUGCUGCUGACCAGUGACAACAUCAAACAGCGCCUGGGCUCUGCCGCCCUGGACAGCAUCCACGAGUACCGGCUGUCCAGCUGGCUGGGGCAGCAGGAGGACAUCCACCGGAUCGUGCUCUACCAGGCAGACAGCUCGCUCACGCCCUGGACCCAGCGCUGCAUCCGGCAGGCCGACUGCAUCCUCAUCGUGGGCCUGGGCGAGCAGGAGCCCAGCGUGGGCGAGCUGGAGCGGAUGCUGGAGAGCACGGCCGUGCGCGCCCAGAAGCAGCUGGUGCUGCUGCACCGGGAGGAGGGCCCGGCGCCCGCCCGCACCGUCGAGUGGCUCAACAUGCGACAGGCCGACGGGCAGAGCCGAGGCGAGGAGCCCCGCUCUCCGCCUCUGCAGGUGGAGAUGUACGAGCGGCUCUUCCAGCGGCCCCCGGACCGGCACUCGGACUUCUCCCGCCUGGCGCGGGUGCUGACUGGAAACGCCAUCGCCCUGGUGCUGGGAGGAGGCGGGGCAAGAGGCUGCGCCCAGGUAGGCAUCAUCCGAGCGCUGGCGGAGUGCGGCAUCCCCGUGGACAUGGUUGGGGGGACGUCCAUCGGGGCCUUCAUGGGCGCCCUGUACGCCGAGGAGAGGAGCUACAGCCAGAUUCGCAUCCGGGCCAAGCAGUGGACUGAGGUAGGGCCGCUCCCUGGAGCCAGCUCGUCCCGUGACCACCCGUGGGGCAGCAGGGAGCACGGGUGCGGCCACCUCAUGUGGGGGCUGGCUGUGUUGGUUCCCGGUGUCAGUCCGCCCAGGGACCUGUGGAUCCCCUACUUCACCAUCACCACGGACAUCUCAGCCUCUGCCAUGCGGGUCCACACAGACGGUGAGCGCCUGCUCCCCGAGGGGGUCCCACAGAGAGGACCUUCCGCACACGGACGACAGGGUGGUGGGAAUGACCAGGAGCCCAGAGUGGGUGGCCUGUGGGCGGCACGGAGGCCUCCGGGCAGCAUGUCUGGAGUUGCUAACGCUCAACCAGUGAGCCACACUGGCCAGGCUCUGGCUACUUCUUUCCCAGCUCCCUGCCCUACUGAGAGCAGGAGGUGGGCCCCACACCCAGGCCCAGCGACCCCUGUGAGCAGGAGAUGGGCCCCACAUUCAGGCCCAGGGCCCCCGUUGCAGGAGGUGGGGUACCAGCACGGCCGGACGGUGUUUGACAUUUGGAGGCGCAGUGGGGUGCUGGAGAAGAUGCUGCAGGACCGGCAGGGCACGAGCAAGAUGAAGGCCUUCAACGUCCUCACCUGCCCCAACGCCUCCUUCACGGACCUCGCUGAGAUCGUGUCGCGCAUCGAGCCCGCCAAAGUGGCCGUCGUGGAUGACGAGUCUGACUACCUCACCGAGUGCGAGGAGGGCUCGCCCGAUGGCCCCCAGGAGGCCUACGCGGACUUCCAGAGCUCCCCGGCCGACGGAGGCUCCGACUCGGAGGAGGAGCCCUCGCUGCAUCACCAGCACCCCAGUGUGGCUUCCCCCAAACCCUCCGCGGAUGCCGAUGCCGCGCCCCCCUGGUUCUCUGGCCAGGACGGGCAGAGGCCUCCCUCCGACGCUCCCUGAAGCCAGCGCCUCCGUGACCUGUCCUGGAGCCCGCGGCUCCCGGGGCAGGAGACCUGGCUGGGCCCGGGCUGUGCUGGGUGUCAGGCCUCUACACUGGCUGCUCCUGGGUGCGCUUGGUCCUGGUGCCUCCUGCACACACCGCAGCCCUCUGGGUGCAAGCCCCGCCCCCCAGAGGUGUUGGAGCCUCUGAGCCCUGAUGCUUCUGCUUAGGCGUGAAUAAAGGAGAUCUGAUCGUG